UGUACUGUGUAGGCGUGUAGCUCAGCAAAUUUUUCUUUUCAUUUUCCAUUCCUAAUUGGCUAAUUCCAACGUGUCUCUCUCACUCUCUCAAGCCAGACACCACUGAUUUUGUUGAGAGAUUUCCAGUUGGGUAGCUCACAUGUAGUUCCUAACCCAGCCCAAACAACAUUCGUCAGCCAUUUAUGCAAAUAACAACCCAGCCCAAUUUAAGCAAAAUUUUAGCCAAAGGAAAAUCAGAUUUUGAGAGAGAGAGAAACGCAUACAUCAGCUACAGCCACCGCAACGCCUCAUCUGGCCAAUCUGCCCAGUGGCCAACCACCUCGACGCCGGUCAGCCACCGGCCUCAAUCUGCGACUAAUAUGCCAUAUUGUUGCUCUAGUGAGAACUCAAAAGCUUAUACGUUGAUUUUCCAUUAAUAAGACUAUAAGCCUGAAAAUGAGCUUCGUUUUGAGAUUUAGACAUCAUUUACCUAAUGGGUUAUCUAGAAAUCCUGUGGUAGCACUAAAUGCCAUUAACUUCAGUGGGUUCACUCGAAGUUUUGGUCAACCUGCAAGGGUGGAAGAGGAGGAAGAAGAGGAGAUUGAUCAAAGAAGGCUCCCAACUGAUUAUGAUCCAGCUACUUUUGAUCCUACAGAGCAUCGCAGUCCACCAAGUGAGCGUGUCUUUAGGCUCGUAGAUGAAGUUUCAGGACUCACAUUGGCUGAAGCUGCUGAGCUGGGAGCCAUUAUGAUGAGAAAAAUGGGAAUGAAGGAGCCACCAACAGUGGGGGUCUUGAAACCAGGAGCAGCUGGAUUGGCUGGAAUGGCUGUUAAAUCAUCAGCAGCAGCCAAGGAGGAGAAGAAACCAGAAAAGACUGUUUUUGAAAUAAAACUGGAGUCGUAUGAAGCUUCUGCAAAGAUCAAGAUAAUCAAGGAGGUCAGAGGGUUUACCGAUUUGGGUCUCAAGGAAGCCAAAGAUUUGGUGGAGAAGACCCCUUCAGUUUUGAAAAGGGGACUUUCAAAAGAAGAAGGUGAACAAAUAAUUGAGAAGUUGAAAGCUCUGGGGGCCAAGGUUGUUUUGGAAUAAAUGGAACCAAUUUGACUUGUACGCCUCCCUAUAUGAAUUCUCUAAAUUUGUUCUUUUUGCUUUAGCUUUAGACACUAUAAUUAUAAGUUUUGCAUGCAUGUAUCAAAGUAGAAGUGGGAUGAAUCCUGUUUUAUGGAUUAAGGGUUUGGGAUAUUUUGGAUACCUCAGGAUUGAUCCAGUCCUGUCCCGUGCUAUUCAAUUAUCUGCCCCAUUUGUAGUCA